AUGCCGCCGAGGGAGCAGAGCCGGAUGUGCGGUCAACUGCUGAGGCAGUAUGAUCCUCAUCUCUUAGAUAUUUAUAAAGCUGAAAUGGGUUACGGCAUCGAGCGCUUCUUCCUCCUAUCUUACUGCUUGGCUUGCUGCUGGCCGGGACUUGGUGCUAAAACAGGACUCAGAAUAGUUAGGCAAUGGCCGGAAUUGGACUUUGUGUUUCCAAGUGAAGCUGUACGACAAAUAGCCACCGAGCGACAAUAUUAUGUACCCGGCAACUCUGUUCCUAUUGACGUAGAUGUACAUCAUAGAAGAGAACCUGAAAAGUCCAGAAUAUUCAUCACGAUACCAAGGUUCGAUGUUGGACGGCCAGUGACAUUCGGAACCGUAGAAAGCGAUGGUCGCAUACGAGGAUACCCAGAUUACUCUUGGCAUGACAACCAAGGUCUUAACUGUGAUGGAAUGUCUUCUGUAUUUAGAACUGCUAUCGACAAAUGUCAGCGUCUUUGGGUUAUGGACACGGGGAAGAUAGGGGAAUCGCAGGUGUGUCCACCGCAGUUGCUCGCCUUCGACCUUCACACUGACCAACUGAUAUACCGCCACCGAGUAAACGCGUCCAACUACAUCGCGACGUCGCUAUUCAUAACGCCUGUAGUGGAUAUAGGAGGUCGUGGUGCAAAUGACUGUUCAGAAACAUUUGUGUACGUCGCAGAUGUUUCUGGAUUCGGGCUGCUAGUUGUCGAUGUCGACAGAGAUCGUUCGUGGAGAAUAACGCACCGACACUUUUUCCCCUAUCCUUCUCACGGGUCUUUUAGCAUUGAUGGCGAAAGUUUCGAUCUGAUGGAUGGUUUGUUUGGAUUGGCCCUAUCUCCUCGCUUAUCUGAUGGUUUUAGAUUUAUGUAUUUCCAUGCGCUUGCAUCAGUCAAAGAAAAUGUUGUACGCACAAAUAUUUUACAAAAUGAUUCAUUUAUUCUUGAUUCCAACGCUGACCCAGAUUCUAUGAGUGUGUUCCCGGAAGAGAGGCCGAAUCAGUCAGCAGCGGAAGCUAUGAACAAAGAUGGUAUUAUGUUCUUUGGUCUAAUGGAACCACCGGGUGUUUGGUGUUGGAAUUCCGCCACUGAUUUUUCUACUCGAAAUUUCCACCAAAUUGCUAUAAACAAAGAAACUCUACAGUUUGCCAGCGGUAUGAAAAUUGUAAAUAACGUUAUGGGAGAAGAAGAGCUUUGGAUUCUUACAUCCAGUUUUCAACGAGUAAUGACUGGCACACUGAAUUCGAAUAGAAUCAAUUAUAGGGUACACGCUGAGAAAGUUCCAACUUUAUUACAAAAUUCACCAUGUGCAAUGUCCCCAAAGGACCAAAGAAUUGGUCAUCAUGCCAAUCUCAUAACGCCAGAUCGCCCAAGACAUACCUACAAGUAUGGGGCUGUAGCAUUUCUUUAG